CGUAUAGAACUAUAGCUUGUAUGCUCUGUUAGAUAUUUUAGUGAAGUUUGUAUUCAGUUUAGGUUGUUCAUUGAAAUUUUGAUGGGUACAGAGAAGAGUUUUUGAGAUCAUAUGUAUAGUUUUGAACUUGUUUUUUUUAUUUAUACCAAAGUAUUGCACAGUAACAGAGAAGAGUUUUUGAGAUAAUGUUUAGUCCCUAACUUGUUUUCUUAUACCAAAGGAUUGCAUAAUUAAAAAGGAAAAAUGGGAGAUCCAUUUGGUGGUAGGUUUGGAAAUUUUGGUGGAUUUAGAGGUAGUUUCUUUGGAGGAAGAGAUCCUUUUGAUGAUCCUUUCUUCUCUCGACCAUUUGAGGAUUUGCUCGAACCACCCAUCAGUUUUAGCUCAGGUGCUUCUUUCAGUAAUGCACAUAAGAGCAAUGGUGGAAGAGGAGGGUUAACAAUUGAAGAAUUACCAUCUGAUGAAGAAGUAGAAGAAAGAAAAGGUUUUAGGAGUGAUGAAGAAGAGCAUACCAGUUCAGUGAAUCAACCAUCUGUUGAGCACCCUGAAGAUGAUUCUGAUGCUGAGAGGAAGAUUCAGAAUAUGAAUCAAAGGAGUGAUUUCAAUCGAAGAGAGGGUACGCAGUCUCGAGUUAACACAUUCAGACAUCACACCUCUAAGGUUACAUAUGGUGGGAUAGAUGGCGCUUACUAUACAUCUACUAGAACCAGAAGAAAAGGCAGUGAUGGAAUGGUGGUUGAGGAAAGCAAAGAAGCCGAUAAGACUACAGGUGAAGCCACUCAUAGGAUCUCCAGAGGGAUCAAUGAUAAGGGUCAUUCGGUUACUAGGAAGCUAACCUCGAGUGGUGGCGUUGAGUCGACACAGACUCUUCACAACCUCGAAGAAGAAGAACUUAGUGGCUUUGAGGAAGCAUGGAAAGGCAAUUCAUCUCUUACCAAGCAUGAAUCCAGUGGCUUUGAUCAAAGUUUUGGAGGAUGGCUACUCCCAUCUCUGGACCGAACUCGCCGCCGAACAGACCAAACUCGGACCAGUGCAAGCACCUCGGCACCAGGAGCUAAGAAGGUUGUUCGAAUCAACAUUGAAUGAUAGAAUCAUCAGAGAACCAUGUAUCAAUCUCUAUGUAUAAUCGAAUAAUGUUGUCGAUGUUUUUUGUGAAGUUGUAAUGUGGAUAAUUUAAUAUUUUACAUUCGUGGAUGAUAUUAGACUAUUGAUUAUGGAAAAUUAUUCUUCAA